AUGAUUUUAGCUUUGAAUAUUGCGCAUGUGGACGCCAUAAAUAAGGACUCAGGAAACAUGGUUCUCGGUGUUGACAAAAAUGACAAAAGUUUCACUGCAAAGGCAUCCAUACGCGAAUAUAUUUUUUCAGACUGUUGGUAUCAGGUUCAAUAUCCAAAGUGCAAGAUUGCAACUUUUAAACAAGGAGAAAAUUGGUUCUGCCCUUCGGAUGGUAUUCUCGCUUCUCCAAUUACCACGUUCAAACUUAGUGCAAUCAUUACGGAUGGAAGUCAGUCAAUCACCGUCGUGCUUUCUGAUAAUGCAACACAAUACUUAUUUGGUACAACAUCAGAUAAGCUUAUAUCACAUGAUGACAUAAACCACAGAAAACAUUUACCUCCAAUUGCCAGUACUUUACAAAGAAUUCCCAAGAAAAUGAAGUUACGUAUGACUAAUACAUCAACAUACAACAACAUUCGGUUCACUGUUACAAAUAUUGACAAAUCCCCCUAUGAAGAAAAAUAUCCAUAA